AUGUACUCAGGCAGAACACCUUCUCGCACACCAGGUGAAAGAAUCUUCAAGACGACAAAGAGCUGCUCCAUCACCUCCAUCACUCAUCUUCGCAGAGAGUUGGGCUUUGGCGCUCGAGGCGAAGAACGCGACAUUGCCUUUAAAAGGGCCGUUCGCAAACAAAUCACAACAUUUGUGUCGAGCAGUGACAGUAUCCCAGCGUACAAGUUUACCAAGUGGAAGAAUACUGUGCACCAGCGAGGCCUCUUGGAAGUGACCAAAGACUUUCUCGACGUUCAGGGGAAAGGGUCUGAGUUCUGGCCGCAGAGGGACCUCUCUGAUACCACCCAACCGCUACAAUACUGGAAAGAUUCUGCCAAGAUCCGUAGUCUUAUGACCAAAGUCUUUUGGCGGGCAGCUCGCGAGUACAAACGACACAAGGCCGCCUUCUCGACACCACCUCUCUUGUCACAGUCUACCGAUGCGUCUUGCCAGUCAGAAAACAACACAGCCGACACCAAGCAACCCCUUCCAGACAGCACAGCUCGUUUCGGGGGUAACAGUGCCGAGGAUCCUAUUGAUCUUGAGACUAUGCCGCCAGCCACAAGCACUGCCGGUCCCUCUGUAGACAAUGAUCCUUUCGCGGGCAUAUUGACACCGUUUGCCAGUUUUACGCCAGCUGAGGAUUCGCCUUAUGAACCGACCAGUUCUGAACCAUUCUCCAUGUCCCUUUUCACCCCUGAUGUGCUCGACUGUCAACCGACUGAUGCUACGCAUGGCCGCCAAGGUGCACCGGAGGCCAGGAUGCAAGACAACGACCCGUGGGAGGUACCCAAUAGCCCUCCUGUAGCUGCAAACGCUGAACAACAGACAAGUAAGCGACCGGUCGAAGCGAGUUCCAACGACAACAAUCGUCAAAACAAGUGCCCGAGGAACGAAGCAACAUCGUCUGAACAGCCCACUCAUCCGCCCAACAAAAGCAAAAAGAACCGAAAGGCAACUGAUGUUCCUACAACCCGGCGUCAAUCUAAUCGACCGAAGAAACAGACAUUCCAGCCAGAUGCUGCCACGCCGGAAGAAAUGAUGGCCCUUGACACGAGUUCAUUCCUUGAAGCCUCCAAGUGCGAGAAACGCCAGCAGAAUAAAGACAAGGCAAACAAUCAAGCUCCGCAGGCCUCGUCGGUUUCCCUCAAUAACCCUGCCGUUCCAACGGGGUUGACGGGUGAGCAGUCCUCUGCGCAGGCUCCAAGAGAACAAGCAGCUCGACUGGCGACGGAAGAAGCUGCAGCCAUGGCAACAGCUAUAGGUGCCGAGGAGCAACCUCGCGUCGCAACUGGCCUCUCUGCUAAAGCACAGGGGAAACAGCCUGCUUUGCCGACAAGCCAGGCUCCUGUGCCCGAGGCUGGUCCAAGCAGGGAGCGAGAGGUGAUUGAGGAAUCUGCUCCAAGAACAGAGAUGAGUGCUCCUAGAACACAGACGAGUGCCCCUAGGACACAGAUAAACGCUCCUAUGACAGAGAUGAGUGCGCCUCAGACAAUUCACCCGAGUACUAUGAACGGCUCUGGCGGCAGUGAUGAGCAAGAGCAGCAGCAAGACUUUAGUGUUCCUAUUAGCGAUCAAGCUCAACAAGCUCUUGACUCUUGCGAGUUGAUUUAUACGACCAACAUGGGAGACGGCGUAACGUGGGUAACUCAAAGGUUUCCCAUCUCCAUCUUCAAAAUGUCUCUUGGGGAUAUAUUUCAAGAAGCUGGGCUUGACAACUCUGCAACACUCCACCUCAGAUUCGAGGGCGAUUGGGAUGACUGGCAAGUAUCACUCAAAAAGACUGUAAAAGAUGAGGAGAAGUUUUCCAUCUCGAAAGAACAGUGGUUGCGCCACAUCACCAAGCAGUAUCGUCGCGCUGCUUCAGACUCGAUGGCGCAGAGGCAAAGGGUCAGAUACUUCCUCUCUUUUUCGAACAACACUUUUACAAGGUAA